GGCAAGAUACAAAAUGUGUUGAAGGGCCCCAGCAUACUUGCUUAGCCUAACGCCAUUUUUGAGCAGGGCCUGAAAAGUAACUAGAGGUCAGAAAAACAACUUGUACCCUGGAUGAGAGCCAAGUCAGCAGGCGUGUCGAGCUCGGGGAAAAACCACGAGCUGUCCUGAGUUUGAACCUGGCCUCAUACGAAUCGUCCAAUCAGAACCCUGUAAACUAUGCUUCCUGCUUCUGUACCCGCCCUUCCGCUGCCCAACCCUAUAAAAACCCUCCACUCCAGCCCGUGGGCGUGCCAGUCUCUUCAGCCUCUGGAGGGACUGUAUCGCCCCGGGUACCCGUGUUCCUGAAUAAAGCCUCUUGCUGUUUGCAUCUGACUUGUGGUCUCGGUGUGAUCUCUGGGCGAGGGUCUCUCCAGAGGGAAGACUCCAGUCGGGGGUCUUUCAUUUGGGGGCUCGUCCGGGAUUUGAGACCCCCGCCUCGGGACCACCGACCCACUGUCAGGAGGUAAGCUGGCCGGCCACUGUCUGUCUGUAUUGUCUCAGUCUGUUUACUUGUCUUUCGUUUUCGUCGGAUGUCCUAAGUCAGGUCUGAGUCGGUGGGGGCUGAAGGAGCUGACGAGCUCGGACUUCGCCCACCGAAACCCUGGAAGACGUUCCACGGGUAUCUGAAGUCCCCUCUGGGGCACGGAAAGUCCCCUCUGGGGCACGGAAAGUCCCCUCUGGGGCACGGGAAGUCCCCUCUGGGGCACGGUUUUUCGGGGCCACCCACGCAUCAGAAGGAUACGUGGUACUGGCAGGGGACGGAGAAUUCAAACACUCCGCGUCCCCAUCUGAGUUUUUGCUUUCGGUUUUACGCCGGAGCCGCGCAGCGAAAAAUUCUGUGGUCUGUCUUGCCUGUUUGUUUCUCGUUGUGUGUUUAACCCUUCUUUAUUUGGAGACCACCAUGGGACAGGCUGUCGCCACCCCAUUGAGCCUAACCAAGGACCACUGGUCCGAUGUUAAGGCCCGAGGAAACAAUGAAGGUGUCAUUGUCAGGAAGAAGAAAUGGAUCACCUUCUGCGAGGCCGAAUGGGUCAUGAUGAAUGUCGGCUGGCCGCGAGAGGGAUCUUUUAACCUCUCUCUUAUUUCGCAGGUGGAGGGUAAGGUUUUCGCCCCUAGCCCUUAUGGGCAUCCCGACCAGGUCCCAUAUAUCACCAUCUGGAGAUCACUGGUCGAGAACCCAUUUCCAUGGGUUAAGCCUUUCCUUCCGCAGCCCCCUCCAGUCUCUGGGCCUUCUGCGCCCCCCAACCCAGACUCCUCCCUUUACCCCGUGCUCCCUCACAAGGAGACUCCUAAGCCUCCAGUCCUUCCCCCAGACCCCAAUACUCCCCUUAUAGAUCUCCUGAUGGAGGACCCACCACCAUAUCGAGCCGGACCACCUGGAGAGCCGGCCAAAGCGGCCCCAGCCGCCGCCCCGGUGGCGGCGUCCCCGGCCGUGCCCGUGGCAGAUCCGGAAGUCACCUCGACUCGCAGGACCCACGGGACUGAAGAAGAGGACGCAGCCCCGUCCCCCAUUGCCGGCCGCCUCCGCGGCCGCCGGGAUGGCCCCCCUAUUGAGUCCAGGGCCUUCCCGCUUAGAGAGGGGCCGAAUCGCCAGUUGCAGUACUGGCCCUUUUCAGCCUCAGACCUCUAUAAUUGGAAACAACAUAAUCCCCCUUUCUCCAGGGAUCCUGUUGCCUUAACCGGCCUAAUUGAGUCCAUCCUAGUGACUCACAGGCCGACUUGGGACGACUGUCAGCAGCUCCUGCAGACCCUCUUAACAGUAGAGGAGAAGCAGAGAGUUUUCCUGGAGGCCCGGAAGCAGGUUCUGGGCGACGAUGGGAGGCCAACCCAACUCCCAAAUAUCAUCGAUGCAGUUUUUCCCUUGACCCGCCCAGACUGGGACUUCAAUACACCUGAAGGUAGGGAGCAUCUACGUCUCUAUCGCCAGUUGCUCUUAGCGGGUCUCCGAGCGGCCGCCAGAAGGCCUACCAAUUUGGCCCAGGUAAGGAAUGUGAUACAGGGAAAGGAAGAAACACCCGCUGCAUUUUUAGAGAGGCUGAAGGAGGCUUAUAGGAUGUACACUCCGUAUGAUCCAGAAGACCCAGGGCAAGCACCAGGUGUCAUCCUAUCAUUUAUCUAUCAGUCUAGCUCAGAUAUCAGAACCAAAUUGCAGCGGCUGGAAGGUUUACAGGCGCUAGGUUUGCCAGACUUAUUGAAGGAAGCAGAGAAAGUGUUCAAUAAGAGAGAAACUCCUGAGGAGCGUGAGGAAAGGAGAUGGCAGAAACAAGAGGAAAGGGACAAGAAACAGCAUAGGGAGAUAAAAAAGGUUUUGGCCGCCGUUGUGUCUCAGGGACAGCGGAGAGAGGGAGAUAGGUCGGGAGAGCGAAGGAGGCCACCCCUUGAUAAAGAUCAAUGUGCUUACUGCAAGGAGAAGGGACACUGGGCCCGAGAGUGCCCCAAGAAGCCACAAGGACCCCGCCGGCCCAAGCCCAAGACUGUAGACCUCCUUAGUCUGGAAGACUAGGGGAGUCGAGGCCAGGAGCCCCCCCCUGAGCCUAGGAUAACCCUCAAGAUCGGGGGGCAGCCCGUGACCUUCCUGGUUGAUACUGGUGCCGAACAUUCAGUCCUAACCCAUGCCGGAGUGCCUCUUAGCCGGCAUUCUGCACUGGUGCAGGGGGCAACUGGAAACAAGAGGUAUUAUUGGACUGCCGAGAGAAAAGUCCAACUGGCAUCAGGGCAAGUAACUCACUCCUUUCUGCACAUACCUGAAUGCCCCCAUCCGCUGUUAGGACGGGACCUAUUAACCAAAUUGAAGGCACAAAUCUAUUUUGAUGAGAAGGGACCGAGGGUCACGGGUCCUAAAGGAGACUCUCUACAAAUCCUUGCCCUCAGUUUAGAAGAAGAAUACCGUUUGUUUGAACCAGAACCCCCGGAGAAAUCUCCUGAGGAACUACAGAACUGGCUGAGAGAGUUUCCUCAGGCCUGGGCAGAGACUGGGGGCUUGGGGCUGGCACACGAUCAGCCACCGCUGGUGAUCUCACUAAAGGCCUCCGCAACUCCCGUUUCAAUUAGACAAUACCCAAUGUCACGGGAAGCUCAUGAGGGGAUCAAGCCCCAUAUUCGAAGGCUCCUAGACCAAGGGGUGCUAAAGCCCUGCCAGUCCCCUUGGAACACCCCUCUCUUGCCUGUUAAGAAACCGGGGACAGGGGACUACAGGCCGGUCCAGGACUUGAGAGAGGUCAAUAAGCGGGUGGAGGACAUACACCCCAUGGUGCCCAACCCCUAUAACCUUCUGAGCACCCUCCCACCGACCCACGUCUGGUACACUGUGCUAGACCUGAAGGAUGCCUUCUUUUGUUUGAGACUGCACCCUCAAAGUCAAAUGCUAUUCGCUUUUGAAUGGAGGGACCCAGAAAAAGGGCUUUCGGGACAGUUAACCUGGACCCGGCUCCCUCAGGGCUUCAAAAAUAGCCCAACCCUCUUUGAUGAGGCCCUACAUGCAGAUCUGGCCGGAUUCCGGGUCGAACACCCAACCCUGACUCUGCUCCAGUACGUGGAUGAUCUACUCCUGGCGGCCAGGAGUCGAACCGAGUGCCUGGAGGGCACUCGAGCCUUAUUGGCCAGACUUGGACAAAAGGGCUAUAGAGCCUCAGCCAGAAAGGCUCAAAUAUGCCGAGACAAGGUUACCUACCUGGGCUACACCCUGAGCGGGGGGCAAAGAUGGUUAACAAGAGCGAGGAAGGAGACGAUAAUCUCCAUCCCCCCUCCUCGGAACCCCCGCCAAGUUCGAGAGCUCCUGGGUACGGCUGGGUACUGCCGCCUUUGGAUUCCUGGCUUUGCCGAACUGGCAGCCCCAUUGUACCCCCUCACUAAACCAGGGGCCAUGUUCCAAUGGGAGGAGAAGCAUCAGAAAGCGUUCCAACAGAUCAAGAAGGCCUUACUCGAGGCCCCGGCUCUGGGUCUGCCAGAUCUAACCAAGCCCUUUGAGCUGUUUGUGGAUGAGAACUCAGGUUUUGCCAAAGGGGUACUGGUGCAAAGACUGGGACCUUGGAGGAGACCUGUAGCGUACUUGUCCAAGAAAUUGGACCCGGUGGCUACAGGAUGGCCAUCAUGCCUCCGCAUGGUGGCAGCCAUCGCCGUAUUACUUAAGGAUGCCGGGAAGCUGACUCUGGGACAGCCGUUGACUGUGCUGGCCUCCCAUGCAGUGGAGGCCUUGGUCCGACAACCACCGGACAGAUGGCUUUCUAACGCCAGAAUGACUUACUAUCAGGCCUUACUGCUGGACUCAGACCGGGUAAAUUUUGGGCCGACAGUUUCCCUUAACCCUGCUACCUUGCUGCCACUGCCUAGCCCCUCCGAGGAGCAUGACUGCCUCCAGAUUCUAGCCGAAGCACAUGGCACCCGCCCUGAUCUGACAGAUCAGCCGCUUAAGAAUCCAGACGCUGUCUGGUACACAGAUGGGAGCAGUUUCCUGGAGGAGGGGAAACGCAGAGCCGGGGCAGCUAUAACCACCGAAUCGGAAGUGGUAUGGGCAUCGUCACUCCCGCCCGGGACAUCGGCCCAGCGCGCAGAACUGAUUGCGCUCACCCAAGCUCUCCGGAUGGCAGAAGGUAAGAAGCUCACAGUUUAUACUGACAGCAGAUAUGCCUUUGCCACUGCGCAUGUCCACGGGGAAAUCUACAGACGGAGAGGCCUGCUGACGUCCGCGGGUAAGGAAAUCAAAAACAAAAAAGAGAUCCUAGACCUCCUAAAGGCCCUGUUCCUCCCGCUCCAACUCAGUAUUGUCCACUGCCCAGGGCAUCAAAAGGAUGACUCUGCGGUAGCCAGAGGGAAUCGGCUGGCGGAUCUGACUGCCCGAACAGUGGCUUCCCAGCCAGCAGGGAGCAGCCAGUUGAUGGCCAUACGAGAACCACAGCCUGAGAGAGACCCCGUGCCCUAUAGCCCAGAAGACCAUGAGCUAGCAAAGAAAAUGGGGGCGGACUGGGAACAAGGAAGACAGGCAUAUAUACUAGGGGACCGGAUGGUCAUGCCAACCUCCCAUACCCGAUACAUGCUAAGAUUCCUCCAUGCUUUGACCCAUUUGAGCAAAAACAAGAUGAAGACCCUAUUGGACAGAGAAAACACCUGGACAGUGCUGCUGAACCAGGAUCAGGUACUUCAGCAGGUAACUUCUACCUGCCCAGCCUGUGCUCAAGUCAACGCAGGAAAGGUUCAUCUAAACAAGGGGGCCCGCCAAAGAGGCCAUCGUCCUGGUGUUCAUUGGGAAAUAGACUUUACAGAAGUAAAACCCGGACUCUACGGGUACCGGUACCUCCUGGUCUUCGUGGACACUUUUUCUGGAUGGAUCGAGGCAUUUCCAACCAAGAAUGAGACGGCUAACGUGGCAACAAAGAAACUGUUGGAAGAAAUCUUCCCCAGAGGCACAUCUUCAAGCCCUCCAACUGGUGCAGAGGGAGAUCUGGAAGCCCCUGGCCAAGGCCUACCAGGAGCAGCUAGACAAGCCGGUGGUGCCCCACCCCUUCCAGAUCGGGGACUCCGUUUGGGUCCGACGACACCAGACCAAGAAUCUGGAACCACGGUGGAAGGGGCCCUACACUGUCUUGCUGACCACCCCCACUGCACUCAAGGUCGACGGGAUUGCUGCAUGGAUCCACGCCUCGCAUGUGAAGGCUGCCAGGGAACCCGACCCAGCAGGAUCCAGAAAGUCAACAUGGACAGUGCGCCGCACACGAAACCCCCUAAAAAUAAGGUUGGCCCGCGGCUCCUCUUCCUCCCCCUCCUCUUAAUCUCUGCCUACCCCCAGGGGACUAGGGCGGCAGAGAGCCCGCACCUAGUUAAGAGGCUCACUUGGCAGGUUAUCUCACAAACUGGGGAGAUGGUCUGGCAAACGACCGCCCUUCACACCCCCUUCACAUGGUGGCCCAACUUGCAUCCAGAUCUCUGCCAACUAGUAGCAGGGUCAGGGGACUGGGACAUCCCUACCACUGACCCCAUGAACCCCAGAGCACCAGACGUCUGUCAGGAUGGUAAGGGAACUUGCAAAUGUAGUGACGGGAGAUAUGGAUGUGGUCACCCUGAAACCAGAGCAGCCCUGUCACAACUAUCCUUUUACGUCUGCCCCCGGGAUGGUAGGGACAGAAAGAUGAUUAGACAAUGUGGGGGUUAUGAAAGUUACUUCUGUAAAGCAUGGGGAUGUGAAACAACUGGUAAUACCUAUUGGGAGCCUUCAUCCACUUGGGACCUCAUUAGGGUAAAAAGGGCUACCCAAAGAGAAAGCCACUCAUGGCGUCCUCUUACUCAAGGACGUUGUUGGGGAACUGUCACGCCAGGAAGAGAUAACACUUACUGGAAAGGGGGGGGGCCCUGUGUAAAUUUCACCUGCAACCCCCUGAAUAUAUCUUUUACUCAAAAGGGAAGGGAGAUAACACAAGACUGGAUUAAAGGUAGAACAUGGGGACUUAGACUUUACAUGACGGGAUGGGACCAGGGAGUCGUGUUUACGAUUAGGCUUAAAAUCACAGAGCCCUCCGCCUCUAUAGGUCCCAACCAGGUUCUCUCUGACCAAAAGCGCCCCUUUUUACCCGCUCCGGCACCCCCGAGGGCUACCCCCCGACCCAAUUCGGCCAUUCGCCCAAGCACGGCUCCGAAUGCCACUAUAACCCCAGUCACCCUCCAGCCACCCAGGCCCGGUACGGGAGACCGGCUAUUGAAUCUUAUAGAGGGCGCUUACUCAGCCCUCAAUGUUACCAACCCAAAUCAGACUCAGGAAUGCUGGUUAUGCCUAGUCUCCACACCCCCCUAUUAUGAGGGGGUGGCCGUAGUCGGAAGCUUCACCAAUUCUUCUUCACCCCCGUCAGGAUGUGCCUCGACACCUCAGCAUAAGCUCACAAUCUCCGAGGUGUCAGGACAAGGACUAUGUCUGGGGAUAGUACCCUACACCCACCAACACCUGUGUAACCGCACCCAGGCACUUGUUCCAGGACCCCACUAUCUCGUGGCUCCCAACGGGACUUAUUGGGCCUGUAGCACUGGACUUACACCAUGCCUCUCCUCCUCAAUACUAGCCAACACGGCCGAUUAUUGUGUGCUCAUAGAACUGUACCCCAAGAUAGUCUACCGUGCACCUGAAGAUAUCUAUGCCCGAUAUGAGACAGGGGUCCCCCGUAUAAAAAGGGAGCCAGUCUCGCUAACCCUGGCCCUGAUACUAGGUGGGUUAACUAUGGGAGGAGUCGCUGCCGGAAUAGGCACAGGUACCACUGCCCUCAUGGAAACCAACCAGUUCAGACAACUCCAGGUUGCCAUGCAUACCGAUAUCCAGGCACUGGAGGAGUCCGUGAGUGCCUUGGAAAAGUCACUCACCUCCCUGUCUGAAGUAGUUCUGCAGAACCGGAGGGGAUUAGACCUCCUCUUCCUGCAGGAGGGGGGGUUAUGUGCCGCCCUUAAAGAAGAAUGUUGCUUCUAUGCGGAUCAUACUGGGGUGGUGAGAGAUAGCAUGGCUAGAUUAAGAAAAAGAUUAGAGCAAAGACAAAAACUCUUUGAAGAACAGCAGGGAUGGUUUGAAGGAUGGUUCAGAAGGUCCCCCUGGCUCACCACCCUCAUCUCCACCCUUAUAGGACCCCUUCUGAUUUUAUUGCUCCUUCUGACGCUCGGGCCCUGUAUCCUAAACAGACUUGUCCAAUUUAUCAGGGAACGCGUUUCUACUAUUCAGACCUUGGUAUUGACCCAACAAUACCAACGACUCAACCAGGUGGAAAUGGAGCCACAUCCCUAUUCUUCCCCAUGAAUGGAGGAUUCCAUUCCCUGAGAUAAGAAAAUGGGGGAAUGAAGGGCCCCAGCAUACUUGCUUAGCCUAACGCCAUUUUUGAGCAGGGCCUGAAAAGUAACUAGAGGUCAGAAAAACAACUUGUACCCUGGAUGAGAGCCAAGUCAGCAGGCGUGUCGAGCUCGGGGAAAAACCACGAGCUGUCCUGAGUUUGAACCUGGCCUCAUACGAAUCGUCCAAUCAGAACCCUGUAAACUAUGCUUCCUGCUUCUGUACCCGCCCUUCCGCUGCCCAACCCUAUAAAAACCCUCCACUCCAGCCCGUGGGCGCGCCAGUCUCUUCAGCCUCUGGAGGGACUGUAUCGCCCCGGGUACCCGUGUUCCUGAAUAAAGCCUCUUGCUGUUUGCAUCUGA